UUUUGUUUGAAUUUUCGAUAGCAACAUUUCGAAAUAUUUUCAUCCAUAAGAAUCGUAUUCAUACGUGUAAAGAGAGAGAGAAAAAAAAUACAACUGUAACUCUACGACUUAAACCAAGUUUGACAUCACAACGAAGCGGCAUUCAAUAAAGAUUAAAAAAGUCAUCGCAACUUAUCGCUUCAGUCAGCAUUGGCAAUAGCAUAUAGAGAAAACUGAGGUUAUGUUUAUUCAUUUUAUGAAAAUGUCACAUUCGCUAGCUAUAAUUUGUUUCAAUCAUACACACUAAGUACUGUUGUUGUUCAUUCAAUGAGCUAGCGUGAGAACGAAGCGAUAAAUUCUAUCAAAAAAAAUGUUGCGAGUACUUGGAAAUCGGUUACGCACACAAUGUACCCAAUUCACAUGGUCAAAUCGAGCGAAUUUUUCAAUAACAUCAUCAAAACGACACGGUGAAUAUGAGUGGCAAGAUCCAAAAUCCAAUGAAGAAAUUGUGAAUAUAACAUACAUAACAAAAGACGGAAAUCGAAUUGGAAUUAAAGGAAAAAUCGGUGACAAUGUUUUGUAUUUAGCCCAUCGGCAUAACAUUGAUAUGGAAGGUGCAUGUGAAGCAUCAUUGGCGUGUACAACUUGUCACGUAUAUGUUCAUCAUGAUUAUUUGAGCAAAUUACCGGAGGCAACCGAAAAAGAAGAUGAUCUAUUGGAUAUGGCACCAUUUCUUAAGGAAAAUUCACGGCUUGGUUGUCAAAUUAUACUCACAAAAGAUUUGGAUGGGAUUGAAUUAACAUUGCCAGCAGCUACGCGAAACUUUUACGUUGAUGGACAUAAACCGAAACCGCAUUGAAUACACAUUAUACUUUUAAAAACGAAACUAUGUGAUGCAAAUACAUUAAAUGAAUUAGUCGAGACAAAAAACAAACAAA